GAGGUAAGUACUAUAUCAGUACUUUCAAUUCAUGUGGAGGUAAGUACUAUAUCAGUACUUCCAAUUUAUGUGGAGGCAAGUACGAUAUCAGUACUUUCAAUUCAUGUGGAGGUAAAUACUAUAUCAGCACUUUCAAUUCAUAUGGAGUUAAGUACUAUAUCAGUACAUUCAAUUCAUGUGGAGGCAAGUACUAUAUCAGUACUUUCAAUUCAUGUGGAGGUAAGCACUAUAUCAGUACUUUUAAUUCAUGUGGAGGCAAGUACUAUAUCAGUACUUUCAAUUCAUGUGGAGGUAAGUACUAUAUCAGUACUUUCAAUUCAUGUGGAGGCAAGUACUAUAUCAGUACUUUCAAUUCAUGUGGAGGUAAGUACUAUAUCAGUACUUUCAAUUCAUGUGGAGGCAAGUACUAUAUCAGUACUUUCAAUUCAUGUGGAGGCAAGUACUAUAUCAGUACUUUCAAUUUAUGUGGAGGCAAGUUCUAUAUCAGUACUUUCAAUUCAUGUGGAGGCAAGUACUGUAUAGAUACUAUUAAUUCAUGUGUAUGGAAGAACUAUAUCUGUACUUUCAAUUCAUAUGUAGUACUAUAUGGCUGCUUUCAAUCCAUGUCUAGUACACUGUACUAUUAAUGGAUACUAUGAAAUCCAUGUGCAGGCAAGUACUAUAUGGAAUCUUUUCAAUUCAUGAGCACAAGGCAGGUGAGGAAAUAACUUUCAGAGAUAUCUAGAUACUCCAUUACUCAUGCAUAUCCCUUCUGAUUUGUGGAUCGAGAUUCAUUGUUCCGAACACCGAACAAAAAUAUUGUAUUUCAGUUCAUUUCCAGAAC